AAAAAGCCAUAUCGGUCGAUCCCUAAUAUGAACCAUGCAAAACUGGAUUUUUUUCAUGUCAUUCAUUCAGUCUCUGUUCAGUUUGAUCCAGUCGUCACGUUAAUCAUACAUAUCCCAAUCUGCAUGAACUCAUCACCUCUGUUCGAACUUUAAACCUAAUUUAUAAAUCCCAAAGGUAUUACUGUUUCCUCAAAGCACUGGCCAAUCAGAAGAAAGUGCGAGGAGUUAAAUGAUAGACUAAGGGGACAGGAUGGUUUAGUAAUAAUUAUUGUACUACACACUGAUAUACAGUUAUACUUGGAGCAACGCAUGGAUACUCACUGUACUACAUACAGUUCUGGCACGGACGCUCACCAUACCAGAGACAAUACUGAAUGUAUACUCACUAGUAAACACAGGAAAGGAGUCGUCAUCAAGUGGUAAAAGCUAUGGCAAAUAUUUACUGAGAAUUAGGAUGUGGUUUAUCUGCUACCUGUUCUUCCUUUAAGAAAGAGUGAGAGUUCCUCUUUUUAGACUUUUAAGUUGGGGAUGACAGUCGCUACAAUUAAACUGCUUGAAGCAUAGAGCCACUUUUGACUUAGAAACCAAAAUAAACUUUGGCUGUGCAGAAUUUUUUUGUAUAAAGACCUUUGUAGCCUAUGGUGGUGUAUGGCAUUGGUUAAAGUUUCAGACAUACACAUAAUACUUGCACACUCAUCUUUGACUUCAUUUUUUCUUUUAAGUAGACCCUGAUACUGUAUAUUUAUUUCCUUUCUGAAAUACGUACAUUCAUUUUAUUUUAUGUACGAUAAACACACUGCUUUAUUUUUGCAGUCCACACAGGCUCCAUUAUGUCAAAAGUAUUUUGAAUUCAUGCAAAAGUAUGAGGAACUUCAUAUGAAUCACAGUAAAAUAUACUCCUGGGAACUCAGUUGAUGUUAGGGGCUCGCACACGAUUUUGCUGUCAAAGACAAACGUUAAAAGUGCAUUGUGAAAGACAUGCUAGAUUCAGGUUAAAACAUUACCAAAAAUAAUUUACAUUAUUAACAGAAUGUGAAUCAGUGUUUGUUGUUAGGUCAAAGAUAUUUAUAUUUUAUGUUGUAGUUAUAUCUACUGAAAUUAGUAUGUUUAAUCACUAGUUGCGGCCCUUUGACGCGUUAGCAAGGGACUGCCGUGACAAAGUUUGUUUUGUUUCUGUGACUUUGCAUUUAGUCAAAAAAAACUGAACAAACAUACCUUCCCAUGGAGUAUACAGCCCUCGGUCAACGUUAACGCCACAGUAAUCUCACUUAGAGUAGUAAUCUAAAGCUAAGUAAAGCCACUAUGGCUUGUACAAUUAUCCAAAUGGACACACCAUAGACAUUAGCCAGCAACAUUAAAGGGGCUCUAUUGUGCUAAUUCUCAGGUUCACAUUUCAUUUUUUUUUGUGCCUCUACUUUGACUUUUAUUUUCAAAAAGGUGUUUAUUUUUCUCAUAAACAUAAAAACAUAUUACACAGUUCAGAACAGGCACAACCCAAUAAAGCACAAAAGGACACCUAGGCUAAAAACCCUUAACAAAACAAUGCAGAAGAGCUUGUGUGAUUCUCUUUAUUUUAAAAUGAUAUUGUUGGGAAAACGUUUUUUCAGUGCUCAUCAAAUAGAGAAGUUAUCCCCCUUUUUCAAAUCUUACUUUUAAAAGGGGAAAAUAGAUAUUGGUAUAUUGAGGUAGAUAUGGUAUUUAGUUAAGACCUGUCCCAUUGCUGAGCUCCACUAAGUGACAACUGUCUUUCCAGCUUUCUUUUGUCACUCAGAAUAAGAUACUCGAAUGCCUUUUGACAAAUAUACAAGAUGUUCAACUGUUGACUAUAAUUAGACAAAUAACUGUCAGUUAGAGACGCCUCGGUGAGAGCGUGUUGUGUUUGGUUUUCUCUGUGACCUAACACAUUGUAAAACGCACGUAUGGAGUUCACCGUUACCCAAACAGACUCACAUAAAAAGGAAGUAGAGAAGGGGCCCAUGUAAAACUGACCAAUGGAAAUUAUUCAAAACAAUAUACAAGUUUUUUCCCUACUUUGAAAUUCAAAGUAAUGCAUACAGUUCCUGUUCCUUCUUCUUGUGCACGGUGUAGUAUCCUCCUCUUUUUAAACACAGGUUUGUAUAUAAGAUGUGAUUCCACAGUCAAAAGAGCAAUGCAACAUUUUCACAUCACGAUGAAGCUGAUUCUGUCCCUCACUGUCAUCUGGAUGCUCUCCAGCUCAGCUUCCCUUCAUCAUUUGACUGAAUAUUCCCUGGUGCAGCUGGAGCUCUUAUGUGUAAAAAUGAUGCAACCAGUGUGGCCUGUACCAAUGAACAUUGUGAAACAGCUAUGGUUAUAGUUACUAUACAAGGCCUGACAGGACGAACCAAAUCAUGUGUGUCAUCCUCUGUCUGCGAACCCAACAAUCAGACAUUUUCAUUCAAUUAUGGUGGCGCUCAACUCACUGCAUUUGUUCACUGCUGCAAGACAGAUAACUGCAACAGUGUUAAUGUGUCUGCCACUGGAAAUCAGACAGAAAACAAACUGAUGUGUUACAUGUGUGAUGGUGGUCAAAGUACUGUCUGUAACAAAACAGUACAGUGUAAUGGAAACCAGGACCACUGCGUUAAAGGGACUGUUCAUUAUAAUGGAAAGGACUCUCUCUUCUCUGGCUGCGCCUCUAAAAACAUGUGUGGAGCUGCUUCUCAGCUGGGCUUCCUGACUGGCGCUCUGAAAUUCGACGAUGGACCACACUGCUGUGACACCAAGCUCUGUAAUUCAGCCUGGACCGUCAAACUGAGUGUUGUUCCCUUUUGGGUCGGACUCCUUUUGUUUGUUGCCCUUUAGAGCAAAAAGCAGCUGAUAAAAAUAUCACAACCUACCAAUUAUUAUUGAUUUUUGUUAGUGAUGUGUUUAUUAUUAUUUAUCAAUUUUUUUAAUAAUAUUAGUCAAUAUAAUAUCUCCUUUUGAUCAGUGAUGGUACAGUCAUACACAUUCUAACCAAUAAUGUCUACUUCCAAAGUUUUUACACAGAUUGAAAUUAUAAAAUGACUGAUUAUUGAUUGAAAUACUCAAAUGAAUACAGAACCUGCCAGUUACAAAAAACAAAUCCAAAUAAAUAUACAAAGUCAAAUUCUUGCAUUGUACUUGUAAGCAAUUUCCUAUCUAUCGUGGCCACAAUUAUUCAUCAUAAGGGUAUUAUUGUAAUAGCCAAAGACAUUUUGAAAAACAAAUGAUACCAAACCAAUGAUAUGUCAAAUUAAUAUUUAACUAUGUUUCUUGUUCUGCUUUUUUUGCAAAUGGGAGAUGGAGAAAUAAUAUGUAUGUAUAAGCGAUGAUUUAAUAGGAGCUUUCAUUAUUACCAGAUAUAAUCACGUGUAUUUUGGACAUAUCAACAUUCUUUUAAAUUCACAUUUGUGUUACAUGAUGAGUAAGUUGAAAAUAUACUCUUCUUUUUGUGCUGGUUUCCACUUUCUGGAUAUUAAUAUGUAUAUAUCCAUAAAGUGUAAGUGUAAAAGUGUAAAAUCAUGUUAUAUCCAUACCAUGAAUCAGCUGUUUGGAUAUAGAAAUUAUCGAUUUCACUUUCUUGUUAUUCAUGUGCAGUUAUCUCUGGCAUAUAUAUGAACACCUGCUGUAAUAAGUACUCACCAUAAUAAAGCUUCAACUACAA